AUGUGGGAAUUAGUGGUUCAUGAGGACGUACGAAGAGGAGCGUACCGAAGAAGAGAGGAAGAAGAGGAAGUCACGUGCGUGAGAAGAUCAUCCUCGAGAAACAUUAUUGACUUCCAAGGAUAUCGUCUUCGUUCGGUACAGAAUACCAGCGAGAGCAUCGCCGAGAGGACGUCGAAAAAGAUCAAGAAAGAUUAUCAUUACGGCAGUGUAUUGCCGCAAGACUUCACGCCAAAACCUCCUAUUGGAGAACAGUGCAAGACUUCACGCCAAGACUUCCUAUCGAAAGACAGCGCAAGGCCAUUAUACGCGAACGACGCCGUUCGUCGGGUAGAGAACAGCUGGUGGCCCAGCGACCAGAACGAAGGGAGUCACGCGAUAAGGGAGCGUGAUAACAACAGCGCGGUGGCGGGUGAACUGGUUUCUCGCAUCGCGGGCUGCCUGAAUAUGGCGGGUUACCUGAAAGCGGCGGGCGCAACCUGCGCCUCGACCGGAAACCCUCAUCAAUACCAUCCACACGGUCAUCCGAUGGGAGUCGGCACCCAUCCGCAUCCUCACUCACAUCCGCAUCCCGGUGCGCAUCCCGGUUUGCCGUCGCACUUCGCCCUCACCCCGCACGCUCAUACGCAUCAUGCGCUCGAGCAUGGAUUGGCAGCCGCAUUCCCACAAGCAAAUCAGCAAAUUUCUUACGUACCAAACCAACAAAUGAAUUACCAUCAAUUUGGCAAUGGGAUUAAACACAGGACACACAGAUACCAUCCGUACUACGUUCGCGAAGGAAUGAAUCAACGCAAGCAACGUCGCGAGAGGACGACCUUCACCAGAGCUCAGCUGGAUGUGUUGGAGGGACUAUUCUCGAAAACGAGAUAUCCGGACAUCUUUAUGCGAGAGGAGGUUGCUCUUAAGAUCAACCUGCCAGAGUCGCGAGUCCAGGUUUGGUUCAAGAAUCGUCGAGCCAAAUGCAGACAACAAUUGCAACAACAUCAACAACAGCAACAGCAGCAGCAACAGCAACAGCAGACCCCUCCGUCGAAGGGUUCGCCCAGAUCAAAUCAGAAUCACAGCAACAGCAGCACCGGAAGCAGGAUAUCGACGAGCUCGUCGACGACGCCUAGUAGACGAUCUUCCCCAGAUUCACCGGUGCAAGGUAGGGACGCACCAGUAGCGGGAAACUCACCUUUGUCGACCCCGCUCCUGUCGACUCAAUCGACGUAUCCUCGAAAUGUUGGAACGACGCCAACCGGUGGCAGCGGGGCCAACAGCAAUCUGACGACCCCAUCGCCGCCACUGACACCGAGCUCCAACCAACUGCAACCAUCGUCCUAUCCAAGUGCGAUGAAUCAAAUUCAUCAUGGCGAGACUUACAGCUUCGGCUGGAGCUCGGCGGGGUCCGCUUCUGUGAAUCACAGCCAAUACGCUGGUCAAGGUUACAAUGCUUACGCUCAAACCUCGAGCGUAUACGGUGGUGAUUAUUAUCAGGCUCAGAUCCCCCACAUGCACCAUAGCCCGCAGACUAACUACCAUCAUCCGCAAUAUCAUCCUAACAUGACGCUCACCCCGUCCAUGUCACAUCUGACUAGUCAUCACCUGAAUCCAGUGACUAGUCAGACGCAAGCUACUAGCAACGAUAUAGCGGCUGCUGCUGCCGUCGCUGCUGCUGCUGCCGCGUCGGGUGACGAUGCCGGUUACGUGCUGCCUGAUCAGAAGUAUCCGCCGUUAGUAUAGCGGUCCAGCAGGUCCUCCGGGAUCUUUCAGCGGGGUCAGGAAACCGCGAGCACGGCCGGCACCUCGAUGCCCUAUCAUUGGCGACUGAACACGGCGAUUUGUCACGAGAUCAACGGUAAUCUGGAUUCCGACGACAAUUAAUCAUACAGGAGAGGGACUUCGCCAAAGCAACAGUAGAUAUGCUCCAGACUUGAUGGGUAUGAUAAUUCGAACCAUUGCGCGAAUUAGUUACACAAACUUUCUGCAUCCGAAAUGGACUGUGACGAUAGAUAUUAGCUAAUAUCGCAACAAUCUCGCGUACGUAUCUCACUAAACUUAAAAGAACAAUAAUGUUCGUGGUAAUUUAAUUUUAAUUUGAUAUCAUUUUAUAAUUGUUUCAAAGAAUUUUCUCAGACAACGCACGUGCACAUGCGAAUAAAGUUGAGAAACAAACUAUAAAAAUAUACAGGAUGAAUCUCAGUAUUUGUGUGAGCAAUAUCUCUUUUAUCUAUAGCA